AUUUCCACAGAUUUCCACAGACACAGAGGUCAUUAGCAUCAGGAUAACAACACUGUCUUCCCUUAUUUCUCUUCAGGCUUUAAUCUGUCAUGGAGGCUGCAGCUGACUUUCUGAACGUGUUCCUCCCUGAGGCCGGGGGAUCGUCUCUGACCCUCGGCCUCUUCCUCGUCUUUCUAGGUCUUCUGUACUGGUAUUCGUAUUACCCGUAUUCAGUCCUUUCUCGAUGUGGCAUCAAACAUCCGAAGCCAUUACCUUUCUUUGGCAACAUAUUCAUGUUUCGCGAGGGUUUAUUCGGCCCAAUCGCUGAUAUAAUAAGGACACAUGGCAGAGUUUGUGGGUACUACUUGGGACGCAACCCAGUGGUGGUGGUUGCAGACCCUGACAUGAUCAGACAAGUGUUAGUCAGAGACUUCAGCAGUUUCCCAAACAGAAUGACUGUUCACUUUCCCAGCAAGCCCAUGUGUGACUCCCUGCUCAUGCUGAGGAACGAGCGCUGGAAGCGAGUGCGGAGCAUCCUGACCCCGUCCUUCAGCGCUGCCAGGUUGAAAGAGAUGGCUCCACUCAUCAACACAGUCACUGAUGUUCUGAUGAACAACCUGAAUGUUUACGCUGAGUCAGGAGAGGCCUUUGACAUCCACAAAUGUUUCGGCUGCUUCACCAUGGAUGUUAUUGCCAGUGUGGCGUUUGGAACUCAGGUGGACUCUCAGAAAAACCCAGAUGACCCAUUUGUCCGUCACGCUCAGAUUUUCUUCUCCUUCUCUCUCUUCAAGCCCAUCGCCCUAAUUUUCAUUGCGUUUCCUUUCCUCGCGGCUCCUCUGGUGCGACUCAUCCCCAACAAACGACUUAUCAAGAUGAAUGACUUCUUUAACAACUGUAUCAAGAAGAUCAUCACACAGAGGGAGGAGCAGCCUCCUGAACAGAGGCGUCGAGACUUCCUCCAGCUGAUGUUGGAUGCUCGAACCAGCAAAGAGUCUGUGUCUUUGGAGCACUUCGAUACACUGAACCACACUGAUGAGCCCAAUCCCAGGAACCAGCAAGCGCAACCAUCGGCCUCGGAUCAGGAGGCCCACAGCAGGGCUCCACAGAAAAAGAUGAUCACUGAGGAUGAGAUCGUGGGUCAGGCUUUUGUCUUCCUCCUGGCUGGCUACGAAACCAGCAGCAACACCCUGGGCUUCACCUGCUACCUGCUGGCCAUCAACCCUGAAAGUCAACACAAAGUACAAGAAGAGGUGGAUGAGUUCUUCACGAGACAUGAGUCACCAGAUUACACUAACGUUCAGGAGCUGAAGUACUUGGACAUGGUUGUAUGUGAAGCACUGCGCCUCUACCCUCCUGGAUUCAGGUUUGCACGGGACAUCGACCAGGACUGUGUGGUGAAUGGACAGUUUCUCCCUAAAGGAGCAUCGCUGGAGAUCCCAGCAGGCUUCCUCCAUUACGACCCAGAGCAUUGGCCAGAGCCCGAGAAGUUUAUCCCUGAGAGAUUCACCCCAGAGGCCAAGGCCAAUCGACAUCCAUUUGUUUACCUACCGUUUGGGGCCGGUCCCCGUAACUGCGUGGGCAUGAGGCUCGCUCAGCUGGAGAUCAAAAUGGCUUUAGUUCGUCUGUUUCACAAAUUCAACAUCGUGGCCUGCACUGGGACAAAGGUUCCUAUUGAGUUGAAGUCAUCAAGCACGUUGGGACCCAAAAAUGGCAUAUUUGUGAAAAUCACCAGAAGAAACUCGGGAGGUGCUCGAUUCAAUUCAACACCAGAUGAUUAGAAACCCACUGUUCAUCUUCUUGGCUGGUGGAACAAGUUACAAAUCAUCCAAUAGGUUCAUGUUGUAAUACUUUUCUGGAUUACUUUUGAACUUGAGCCCCAAUACUCCAUCAUAAGUUUGCACUGUGGCAUUAUGAUUUUUUCUUUUGGUCUCAAUAGCUGCCCUGUUGAAUUUUAACCAAUGUGUUAGGAGUUAGUCUGAGCUCAUGAAUUGGUAUAGAAGUCAUUAAUCCAUGUUAGUCUUGAAUAAAUGCAAUAAGUUUACUGAUGAUGAUGAUUCACCAUGUGUGUAGUUCAGUGACCUAAGAGAUAAAAGGUGAAUUAAGAUAGAACUGCUAGUUACAUGUAAAAUGGGUUAAAUUCCACUUGUGUGUAAUUAAGUUAUCUUAAAUAAUUUCAUUUUAUUUGCUGCACUGGGAAAAUAAGGGUCUUAAAAUAAUGACAAAGAAUACAUUAAUGCUUUUUUUAUAGUGUGUUUAUUGCAUAACUAUAACCAUCAGUGAAUUUCAUUCCGUAGCUUGACUUGAACUCUAACCUCUGGAAGUUGUACUUACCAAACUAAACAACUAAAUAAUAGACACCCCCACCAUAAAUAUUAACUAAAGUGACUAAAGCGUUUGUUUACAAUCUGUCUAACUAUAAAUACAUGUAUAUCAUCAGAUCUUCAA